GCGGGCGGCCUCGGGUCCCCGCAGCAGCCGGGACCCCAACCCCUCUGGCCGGCCUCGGGCCGCGCCUCCGCCCCGCGCCUGCCGCUCUCCCCGGGGCGGUGGGGAAGGGGAUGCUCGCUGCUGAUGGAGCCGCCGGCGGCGAGCCCGGGGCUGCUGAGCGCCCUGUCCCGGGCGGGGGGCAAUGAGAGCGGCGGGGAGGCGGAGGAGGCGGGCUGGUCGGGCGCGGCGCUGGCCUCGCAGGCGCUGCUGCUGGUGCUGAUCUUCGCCCUCUCGGCGCUGGGCAACGGGGCCGUGGUGCUGGUGAUCGCCCGGCACCGGCAGCUGCGCACCGUCACCAACGCCUUCGUGCUCUCGCUGUCGCUCUCCGAGCUGCUGGGCGCGCUGCUCUGCCUGCCCCUCGCCUUCCUGCGCCUGCUCAGCCGCCCGCGCGGCGCCUGGCUCUCCGGCCAGCGCCUGUGCCUGGCCAGCGCCGCCCUGCACGCCGGCCUGGGCAUCGCCGCCACCCUCACCAUGGCGCUGCUCUCCUUCGACCGCUACUGCGCCAUCGUGCGCCAGCCGCGCCGCAAGAUGGGCCGCCGCCGCGCCGCCCAGCUGCUGGCCGCCGUCUGGCUGGCGGCGCUCGGCUUCGCCGCGCCCUGGUACCUGCUGGCCCAGGCGGCGGGCGGCGGCCCCGGGGCCGGCGCGGGCCGCUGCACCUACGUGCUGCUGCCCUGGGGCUCGUCGCGGCUGGGCCCGCCCUACAGCGCGGCGCUGAUCGUGCUCUGCUACCUGCUGCCCUUCGCCCUCAUGUGCUUCUGCCACUACAACAUCUGCCGGGCCGUGCGCCUCUCCGAGAGCCGGGUGCGGCCGCUCACCACCUACGGCCACCUGCUGCGCUGCUACGGGGAGAUGCGCACCGCCACCACCGUGCUCAUCAUGAUCGUCUCCAUCAUCUGCUGCUGGGGGCCCUACUGCGUCCUGGGGCUGGCGGCCGCCGCCGGCCACCUGCCCUUCUCGCCCGCCGUGGACGCCGUGGCCAGCUGGAUGGCCUGGGCCAACGGCGCCAUCAACCCGCUCGUCUACGCCGCCCGCAACCCCAACAUCGCCCUGCUGCUGGGCCGCAGCCGCCAGGGCGGCUACCGGACUAGGAACCACGUGGCCGCGUACCUGGCCGCCCGGGGCCAGCCCCUGCAGGCCCGCGGCCGGGCCGAGCCAGGCCGGGAGCGCGGUGCCCAGCAGCGGCCCGGCGGCCAGGCCGCCAGCACCCUCCCCUCCUCCGGCCCGGCCAGCGGCGGCGAGGCGGCCGUGUGGGCCUGCAGGAACCCGGCCCUGCUCUUCUGCCGCGAGGCGCAGCCCGCCGCGGCCUCCCCGCCUGCCCUGCCGCCCAAAUCCGACACCGCCGAUACCAGCCUCUGAAGGGGCCCGCCGGGGAAAGCUGCCUGGCCGCGGCUGUGGCCCGGGUGCCCCCGCGGUGGGCUGGGAGACCUGUGGCUUGGGCCGUUGGAAACUCGGCUGAGCAAAGCGCUGGGUACUGGGGAGCAAUGUGCAGGGGGCUGCCCUGGAUGAGCUGGGGGGGCUGCUCCCGUUCUUCAUGCCAGCGUGGGAGCCAGAGGACUGACACACACCCCCACAGACAGCCCCUGACACAGGCACCAGACCGGGGCAGGUGCGCUGGCUCUCCCCAUCUCAACAGGGGAUCAAAGAUGCCAGGGAGAGGUGCUGAAAUGAGCCCAGCACGCAGCUGAAGAGAGGGAGGGUGGCAGUAAUCAUCCUGUGACU